AUGGCUUUCAUCCUUUCGGAUUGUUUUGGCAUCCGCAUCAGUCACCGCGCCAGCAACAUCAUACGUUGGAUAGCGGCAGGCUUGUUUGGAACCUUGACUCUGUGUCUGGUCUUCCUCAACCGCUACUUCGGGGCCAUCUCGCUGGCGCUCUUCAUCUACUUCAUCCUGGCCUUUGUCUUCCGAGGGAGCUCUGCUCCCCUCCCACUGUCUGCGCGUCUUGUGGUUGCCCUGGUGAUUCUCCUCAGCACAAGUGUGAUUACUGCCUUGCCAUGGGUCGUCUUCGGUGGGAAGGAGGCAUGUCAGGCCUCCCGGGGAACCUACAAGACUCCCUCGGGCCAAGGCUUUGAGGACCACUGGCUGGAGGUGACCUUGCGCUUGGUCUUUGUGUGGGUCCUUGCCCUUCAAGCAAGUUUUGUGAACUUGGGCGAUCAUCCGCCGUCGGCUCAUGUGAGACAGUCGAUCAGAUGCAUCACUUUCGGGUGGUUCGGUAAACUUCUCAAUAUCGUCACCCCAAUCGUGGACUCUUGCCAAGUUCCACAGUGGACGGAGGAGGGCUUCAGACCAACUGACGCUGAAGAGGUCUACUUCACUGUCUUUGGUAUGGCCACGCACUAUAUCACAGAUGUGUGGUUUCUGCAGUUAGUAGUGGACCGGCUUGUUGCUUUUCAGGCCGCGUACGGAGAGAAGUUGCCAUGCUCGUUCGUGAUUGUGUGGCUGUCGAGGGUCAUGAUCUUCAUGGCUGCCAUGCAGCUGUUCAGCGUUGUUUCGCCGGUCGUAUCACUGACUGUUGCCAUGGUGUUAACCAUGGGUGUUUGCACAUUGUCCAUUCUACAUUGUGGAGCUUAUAUGGUGCCUUACAACGAUCUACUGCAAGCGCACAAGGUGGAGAUUGCAACGUGCAACGCCCUCUCUGUCGAAAUGGAGAAGGAAAGUACCUUUGCCAUGCUCGUCAUCCGCAAAUCGCAGAUUGGAUUUCUGGUUGGCUGUAUAGGCAUGGUCGCCGCUUUCCUGACGAAUGGCCUUGAUUGGUUUAUCUUGCCGCGGGCGAAGACGUUGUGGAUGAUCUAUGUGGUGGCCUCCAAUGUGGGUUCCUCGGCCAUUACCUUCUCUUUCGUGGUGCUGUCUGGUGUGAACUUCAAAUGGUGCAACUGCCGCUCCAAGCUUCAGCAGAGGCCGGCUGAGACUGGCGGCACCAGCAUGACUCGUGGAGACUUAAGACACUACUCUCAGAAGUCUUGGAGCUUCGACGCCACGACAUCUCGCAAGGAGGUACGCGCCUCAGAUUGGCAGAAGAAAGUGGCGGACCUGGCCAUGAGGCGAAUCUCCGUGGAGACGCUGCUGAGGUUUUUUCUUCAGCUGGGCUCGGACGACGCCAUGCCGCACUUUGACCCCAAGAGGUCCACCACGAAUGAUGUGGUCCGGCACGUGGUGAUCCCACACUCCCGGGACGGAAGCCUCGGCCGGUCCUUCGCAGAGAAGUUCGGGCCCCAGAAGGCCCUCACCCCGAAGAUGGUGACCCACCACUGGUCCAACCGCUUCUGCGACCUGGUUGCGGCGGUCCUGGCCGAUGCCCUGGGCUUAAAGCGAUGGGAUGGGGUCGCGGAGCACCUGAGAUCCCCCGGGGGAGGGGAAAGGCUCCAAGAGCAGCUCUAUGCCAAUGGCACGCUGCAGUCGCAGUAUUGGAUCUGCGCCUUCUGUAUCAACCAGCAUGCCAGCAUCUGCGGGAGCUCCAUGGGCGUCCUGGAUACGGUGACUCAAACUGUCUUGCCCAGCUGCGAUUGCGCUACAAUGAAGUAUCUAAACGACCAGCCCGUACAGUGUGAGCUGAACAAGUUUGAUGACAUGAUGGCCUAUCUGCAUCGUCAGUACCCGAAGUUCCUGCAGGUGGUUGCCAUCGACUUCGACUUCAUGAUCUUUUCGAGAGCCUGGUGUGUGGCCGAGCUGGUGCAGGCCGACGCGAGCCGCUUGGAGCAGCACAUGAUGAUCCACUCGCCCUCGAUCUUGGAGAAGAACUCUUCCCGGCUGAGGUCCAUUCAGGUGCAGAACCUCAGUUGUAGAGGAGCUAACCUCUAA